CUCAACAUGGACAUUGCUGAUGAGCUCAUAACUAAAAUCUUCUCGUGGGUGGAGCUGCAGAAGAAAGGUUCACACAAGUUGAAGAAACUGGCCACUGAGCUUGAGGAAAGGAAGAAGAAUGUUAACGUCACUAAGGUUGUUGGGAGCUCAGUGUCUGUAGGUGGUGCAGCUGCACUGACAGCAGCAGGUAUAUUAACCUUCUGGACAGGAGGGUUAGCAGCACCUCUUCUAGUUGUAGGAGCAGCAGCAACAGGGGCUGGUUUGGCUACUAAUGUGGGUGCUGAUAUUGUAGAUCUUAUAGCAUCAAGUCGCAACAUGAAAGAGGCUGAAGAGAUUUCAGAGGAGAUCCAGAAUGUUGAGAAGAAACUCCAGGAACUCAUGACGACACUGUUAGAGGAACAACGGGAUGGUGAUCAUCUUCCUGUUGAAGUUUUUGUCAUGGAGCGAAUCCUGAGAGCAAUGGCCAACAACAAUGGACUGCAACUACAUGAUGAUGUCAGUUUGUACAACAUGUUGUCUGGUUCGUCCAGAUAUCAGUUCUCUGUGAUUGACGUGGCCUUACAAAUCCUGAAGAUUUCAACAGUAGGUUUGACCCUGCUUUCACAGUUUGUUCUAAAACCAGCAGCUAAACAAACAGGGAAAGCUGUGGUUUCAGUGGCCACUAACAUCGGAGGAAAAACAGCAGUGAAGGCAGCUGGACGUAUUGCAGGAGGAGCAGUUGGACUUGCGUUUUCGAUUCCUGAGCUGGUGAUCAACUGUAAAAACCUGGACAACUGUGAGACAGAAGCCAGUCAGAGUCUGAGAGAGAACGCUGAAGCCAUACAGAAGGCCUCUGAAGAGCUGGAAACACAACUUAAUGAAAUUCAGAAGGCAAUUCAAAAAUUAGUCAGGGUGAAACUCUGCAUCGAAAACACCAAGAGGAGCUCAGAUCAAAGGAAAGAGUUGAUAGAUUUUGCAAUAAGAAACUGUCAGGAUGAAGCAGUUCGACAAUGGCUGAGAGAGAAUGCAGAGUCGGAGGCUUUCUUCAGUCUCGUCGACAUGUUUCAUUUAGUGAAAGAAAAGCUUGAUGAGGAAGAAAAGAAGAACCACAGCAACAUUGUUGACAUCACCUUUUUGGCUCAUGGAUCAAUCACAGACUCCAUGAUCCCAGCCAGCUGUCUGCUGCCUCUGCCCACCAUCACAGAUGUGGUCCU